AUGUGCGGCCGCUUCGCAAACGCGCAACCUAUACCCCAAUACCGCGCUGCGGUGCGAGAGCAAUUACCCGAGCACCGCGACCCGACCCCAGCACCAGACGCAGAUGAAUAUACCCCUUCACACAAUGUUGCGCCGCAGACUCGCUGCCCUGUGGUCCGACGCGAGCUCUCCUGGGAGCGUGACCGACGUCUCAAGGCCCUUGAGAACCCUACCGAAGAGGAUCGCAAGUUCCAGAUGAUCAUCCAGACCAUGAGAUGGGGCCUUAUCCCACGCUUUCACAAGAAGCCGCCUAGCUAUGCCGAGGCAUACAAGACCAUCAAUGCGCGCGACGAUACCAUUCUCUCACCGCAGAGGUCAAUGUGGCACCCACUUCUGCCCAGUCAGCGAUGCGUGGUGUUCGUUCAGGGCUUUUACGAGUGGCAGAAGCGUGGCUCAGGAGACGGAGAGAAGGUUGAGCGUAUCCCGCACUUUGUUGGUAUGACUGAGCCAGGACACGGCCGAGACGACAAGACAGGAAAGGGAAAGCGCUUGAUGCCUCUUGCAGGCCUCUACGAGCGCGUGCGUUUUGACGGCGAAGACAAGCCACUCUACACUUUCACCAUUGUCACCACCGCUAGCAACGACCAGCUUGGUUUCCUGCACGAUCGCAUGCCCGUCAUCCUCCCAACCUCCAAAGCCAUCGCCACCUGGCUGGGUUUGUAUGCAGAGCCGAGGCCGGAAAGCGCUGUCAAGAAAGGAGAGGAAGUUGAUGACAGCUGGGGUCUCGAUGUUGCUAAGCUUCUGCGGCCGUUGAAAAGCGAGCUGGAAUGCUACAAGGUUCCAAAAGAGGUCGGGAAAGUCGGCAACAGCGACCCAAGCUUCAUUCUGCCCGUGGAGGAGAGGAAAGAUGGGCUGAAGGCUUUCUUCAACAAGCAAAAACAACAGCCGGCGAAAUCUUCAACGCAGAGAGAUACGACCACAAAAGGUAGCUCGACAGCAGUCAAGAAAGAAGAGGAACAACGGCAGCUCACACAAGACAGCGACUCGCUCAUACCUAGCUCUUUCAGUGACACGCAAGCCUUGUUGGCUGCGCAGGAAGCGGAAGACGCGGCCGCAUUUGCUGAGGCCACGGCGAAGGCAGAGCAAGAGGAGCAAGAUCGUAAGCUCGCCGAGCGAAUGCAGCGCGAGUUUGAAGCCUCACAGCAAGCUCAUCAGGCUGGGAACGGUGUCGACAUGAGUCGAAGCGAAUCGAUUGUCAACCUUGGCGACUCUUCACAGUCUGACUUCAUCACCAGCACUCACGAUGCUGAAUCGAAAGGACAGCAGAAUGGGACAGUAAAGGGCGAGGAAAUAGGUGACGGGUUUGCAGUACCGAAAGACGAAGCGAUGCCGUCCGAGCCAGAAGGCAGCAUGCUCAGGAGAAGCAGACGAAGACGAGCUCCGUCCGAACACGGAGAUAAACCAGGGAAGCGAGCUUGUGAGGACUCGCCACUCUCCCCCAUCCCCGGUUCACCUCCGUUCGGUGACGGAACAUCAGCUGUCACGCCAUCCUCACGCUUCUCACCUGACCCGUACAACCCUCCUCUCUCUCCGCCACGACCAAGAGGCGGUUACAGCCGCAAGCUCUCACCAGCUUCCGGUGGCGGUGUUCACGUCAAUCCUCCGCGUGGCAAGAACAGAGACAAGCCUCGUUUCGAGCCUUUCCCUCAGGCUCCACCGCAUAUGUGGAAGUCGGAAAAGAAGGAGAAGACGGAGCGUGGACCAAUGGACGAGGCUCUCAAAAAGCAGAGGAAGAUUGCUGAAGCUGCAAGGGAGGAAGAGGAGAAAGCUUGGCGUGAAUUAUCGCCUUCCAGGGCCGCCGGCGGGAGUGAGGACAGUCAGAAGGAAGUUGAAAAGGAGAUGAAGUCACCAGUGAGGAAGAAAACAGCUGAGGCGACAGGCUCGGCGCCAGGGUCUCCGCAAAAGAACAGAAAAGGUGCUGGUGCGGAUAUCAGGUCUUUCUUUUCGCCUCAGAAGAAGUGA